AAAUCAUUUAUCAUUAUUGGCAGAGAUCGUUGGCCAUAUUUAGUCAUAUUUAUUGGCAAAACAAAUUGAUUAAUUGAUCUGGCAUUUGCAUGGGGCUCUCGUCUUAAUGAGAACUUGACGUCUCAUUGAGAACCGUGUUCCCCCAGACCCCAGCGAUGAUCGAUGAAUGGAUGCAAAGGUGCUGGAACAGAUGAAUGAACGUACUGUCCCACAUAAAAGCCAAAACAGGAGACAGGUUAUGGACAAAAAAAUGCAGGUCAUUUGGGAGAAGAGAACUAAGAGGCAUCUCAAUAAACAGUCUAUCUGUAAUUAUUUCUUACAGUGUCUUUUGGAGGUACCCCAGCGGAAUCGAAUGCGUAACGUCGGAAAGCGGUAGCCCAGAAAUCGAUGUCAGGGACAGUUGAAAGCGCACGAACCUCGCCGUGCCGCGCCUGCCUGUCUGUCUGCCGUCUGUCCUCUCACCUGUGCCCACACCACCUUACCUGUGAUCUGAACUCCGCACUCAUUAAUCAUGCCUUCGAUUGGCAUGCCAGGGGGCUGUGAGGGGCAGUGCGAGUGCCAAAAGGCAGAUGGCUGAACGAUCCGGGGGAAAAACUCCAUUCAAGUGCGCUCGAAGCGCCGAAAAAAAUGCUGGCUGUUUAAUAAUUUGUUUGUUCGCUGGUUAUUCGAUUGCAUAAUCCAAACAAAUCACGAGAAAGUAUAUCAAAUUUUAAUUGAAGUCGAUAAUGGGAUACUCUAAAAGGGGUUUAUUAAAAAAUCAAAUGUAUUUUUGUAGAGAUUUUUCGAAAGGAAGGAAACUAUUUUAAUAUUUUAAGGAGCUAUGAACUUUUAUUGUGACUAAAUCAAAAACUAAUUUUUAUGAAAGCGUAUCUAUUUUAUGAAACCCAUUUUCCAGUCGAUUUGAUGAACAAGUAUAGCCAUCAAUGGAAGCUGGGGGAGAGUCUUUCGACACUUUAUGUGUGCACAUCCCACUGCGGCUUUCGCUCGACUUAGAGGCUCUCGAGAGCCUGUGUUAACUUGGCCAACUUGCCCCGGGGGUGUCGUAGUGCAUCACUUGCACCACUUGCGUUGGCUUCCGCACAAGGCCGUCUCGAAUCAUCACCGCAACUGGAAACAUACAGCUAUAUAAAUGCCCCUUCGAUCCGUUUGUGGCAUCAGUUCGACUCUUUAUCUCAUCUCAGCUCCAUCUUAGCUCCAAAAUGAAAGUCUUUGUCUGUCUUCUGGCCGUGGCGGCGGUGGCCCAAGCAGGAUUCAUCGGAGGACUCGGAAGUGGCGGCGGCGGCGGUGGCGGUGGCUACAGUGGAGGUGGCGGCUACAGUGGUGGUGGCUCCUCCCACGGCGGCGAUGGAGGCUACAGCUAUGGCGGUGGCUCUGACCAUGGCUCCGAUCAUCAUGGCGGCGGCGGUGCUGCCCCGCCCGUUAAAAUCAUCAAAGUAAUCCACGAAUCUGCUCCUGCCGGUGGAGCUGGCGGCUGGCAGUCCGGUGGCGGCGGUGGUGGUGGCUGGUCUGCCGGAGGUGCUGGUGGAUACGGUGGCAGUGCUGGUGGCUACGGAGGCGGUGCUGGUGGCUAUGGAGGCAGUGCUGGUCAUGGAAGCGGUGGCGCCCAGGAAGUCAAAAUCAUCAAGAUCAUCUCGCAGCAGGCCUCUUCCGGCGGUCAUGGAGGCUAUGGCGGUGGCGGUGCCUCCAGCGGUGGCUGGUCAUCCGGUGGUGCCUCCAGCGGCGGUUGGUCUUCCGGUGGUGCCUCCAGCGGCGGUUGGUCCUCCGGCGGUGGUGAUGCCAACACGGCUGUGAAAAUCAUCAAAAUCAUCUCUGAGUCGGAUUCCGGAGCUGGAGAUUCCGGUGGUUGGUCUUCUGGAGGACCCUCCAGCGGUGGUUGGUCAGCCGGUGGCUCCUCCAGUGGUGGUUGGUCUGCCGGUGGCUCCUCCAGUGGCGGCUGGUCCUCGGGAGGAUCCUCCAGUGGCGGCUGGUCUCCCCAGGGAGGUGGUGGCAGCUGGUAAUUGUGAUAAACUCCAUUUCCCAUUUUCGUUUUUAAGCAAACCAGAGCCAUUGUUCCAUCGCAUUUCCAUUCCACUCCAUGUUAUCCCCCAUCCCACCAUAUUUGUUGAAUAAAAGUUUGCCGUUUGAUCAUUUUCCCCGAAAAAAA